AUCAAACGCAGAACAACCUACCUCCAAGACCCCUCCACCCCCUUCGACCCCUCCCAAGCCCGUCUCCUCCCCCAGGCCCUGGAGAUCCGGAACUUACACAGCGCAAAGCAAGAACGGUGGACCGUGCCUGUUGAGGAGUUAUUGGGCAGUGGUGAUGGGUGGGAUGCCGAGUUCUUGGGAAGUGGUGUGGAGCGGUUGAGUGUCAGGUGGGCCUCGGGGGAUGCUGCUGCUGCUGCUGCUGGCGCCGGCGCUGGGGGGGCUGUCACACCCUUCGCGAGUCGGGUCUCCGGGGGGUUGCAUGUUUUCUUGAGGCCGGGGAGGGGGGAUAAGGGGGAUGAGGGGGAGGGGAAAGAGAGUGUUGAGGGGGAGAGGAGCGAUGCGGUGUGUCGGGUUUUGAGGAGUAAAUCUUUCACUUGGUCCGAUGCAUUGUCUGAGUAUCAGUUUUAUUCGCCUUUGGGGUCGUUGGAGGGGUUGGUGGGUUUCUUUCGGGAGAAGGUCUGUACAGUGACAGGGAAGGAGGGAGCUGAGGCGGAGCGGUGUCGUCGACAGGCCCGGGAGUUGCUCGCUGCUGACUCGGUGGAUCUCGCCUACGAUUCGGGAUCGCGCAAUUUAGUGGUGUCCGCGUUCUGGGCGGAUGCGCCGGGGGGCGAGGGGUGGACGGAGGAUCUCCACGCUCCGGCUGCUGGGUCCAAAGGGAAGACGGAGGUUGGGUUGCUGGGGGCGGAGAGGACGGCGGACCCUGAGGAGAUCAAGAUGGGUGGGCUGUUAGGGGUGGUUGGGGAGGAUGAGAAGUUGAAGCCGACGUUGUUUUCCUUCUCUUCCAGACACCAUGCCCUCCCUCGUGAUGCCGUCUUCUCGGUGGCGUUCCCCCUGCCCACGGGCUUACAUCCUACGAUGACCAUUUCCCUAUCGCCCGCCGCGCUGCAACCCCCGGACGCAACCUGCGCCCUGCAUACGUAUCUCACGCUGCCGUCCUAUCUCUUCGGCGACAAGUACCAGCUGGGCACCGAGGAUCCGCUGUUCUUGGAUUCGCACCACCUGGUCAAGUUGCUGUCCGUGACGGGCGAGACGGACCUCGAGGCGCCGGACUGGUCUGUGAGUCAGUGGGGUUCGAAUUGGCUGCUCGAGGUGGCUACGCCCCCUGAGGUUCAGCCUUCCGAAGAAUGGAACGUGACCAUUCCGCUUCAUUUGCGGUACUUGGCCCCCUCGGAAAGUGGUUAUCGCUCGGUCGAGGUCCCCUGGCCGGUGAUGUUCUGGGCGUGUGCCGCCAGUGAGGAGUCCAAGAUGCAUUUCAACCCCUUCGACCGUGUGAACCUCGGAUGGGAGGGGCUUUUUGCGCCCCAGACCAUAUUCUACCAGGUGAAUCCAGCUGCAGAACAGGGUCGGCUGGUCGAGGAGAUCAGCGUGCCCGUGCUGAAGGAGAACGGCCUCUUCAACAGCAGGACCAUCGAAUUCGGCACAGUACUUGCCAUUGUCCUGGGUUCGCUUUGGGUGCUGUGGAAACUCGGCGCCGUGAUGCGGAGCUCUGGCGCCCGCACAAGGGUAGAGAGCCAGAAGAAGUCC